AUGCGGGUCCUGUUCCCAUUCAGUGAUGUGGAUGAUGGGGCAGAGCGUACCCUCAGAGAGCUUGCAGAUGGCCCGAAACUGGGAGGAGAGGCUCAUGCGCCGGAGGGUCGUGCUGCCGAGCAGAGGGGCCUGGACAGGCUGGAGAAAGGGGCUGACAGGACCCGCAUGCGGUUCGAGCAGGGGAAGAGCAAAGCCCUGCACCUGGGGAGGAACAGGCCCUUGCAGCAGGACAUGCUGGGGCACAGCCAGCCGGAAAGCAGCUGCGCAGACCCCUGGGGUCCCAGUGGACCCCAAGUUGACCGCUUUGGAGCCAGCAAAGUGCCCUUGGGGGAGGCUCUCAGCGACGCCGAGCCGGUGCUGAGCACGGGCGUGCGGCUGAGCCGGGGCCGCAAGAGGAGCGAGAGGCGCCUUCUCCUCCUCCAGGACGAACUGGUCAUCGCCAAGUUGCAACGGGGCACCUCCGUGCGCCCACAGCUCCGCCUGGCCCUGGACCAGCUGUGGGUGCUGAGCGGCGGGACGGAGGCGGCGGGGGAGGAGGAAGAGGAGGAGGAUGGCAGCGGCGAGGGCAGCAAGUCCCUCAUCCUCGCCUGGCCCACCGGCUCCUGCCUUGCCACUUUCGACUCCCGGGCCCUGAAGGAGCUGUGGGUGGGCACCCUGCUGGGGCAAGCAGAAGGAGCAACGAGAGCGCGGGUGACGCGACUGCCCUCCAUCAAAGUCCUGGAGAAGGAGCUGAGCCGCCGCCGUGCCUGGAGGACAUUAAGCGCCAGGAGCCUGGAGACCCUGAUCGAGGGCCAGGCAAAGGCUGAUCCCCAGCAAGGGCCGCCGCCAUUCCCUGCUGGCAAUGGAGGGGGACGUUGCUGCUCGGCAGCCUUUGCAGCAGGAGGGAGCAGCAGCAGGAGGAGGAGGGGGCUGCCCUGGCCCUUUGCUCUGCGGCGGACCCCGUCCGCUGCCCAGGCGCCAGGGCAGGCGGGCUCCGGCUGCAGCCGGGCGCUCUUUGGACAGCCCCUGGCAGCCGUCUGCGGGGAGGACGGCACGCUGCCCCAGCCCAUCCAGGAGCUCCUGGCUAUCCUGCACCAAGAAGGACCGUCGAUGGAGGGGAUAUUCCGGAGAGCUGCCAGCGGGACAGCGCUUCGGGAGCUGAAGGAGGCCCUUGACAGCGGCGCGGACGUCGACCUGGGAAGCCAGCCUGUGCUCCUGCUGGCCGUCGUCUUGAAGGACUUCCUCCGAAGCAUCCCCGCCAAGCUGCUCGUCAUCGACCUCUACGAGGACUGGAUGCGAGCCAUGGAGAGGCCAGACAAGCAGGCAAAGGUGGAGGAGCUGAAAGCGGUGGCCAGCAAGUUGCCUGCAGCCAAUCUCCUCCUCCUCGAGCGGCUGCUGUCCCUCCUCCAGCAUAUCGGCCACAAUGCGUCCACCAGCAGGAUGAGCUGCAGCAAUCUGGCCAUCUGCGUUGGGCCAAACCUGCUGAGCGCAGGCAACGAGGACCUGCUCUCGUUGGAGGCCAUGCUGGAGGUGACUGAGAAGGUGAAGGCGCUGGUGCAGUUUCUGACUGAAAACUGCUGCGAAAUCUUUGGGGAGGAGACGGCCGGCCUUUCCAGUCCCUCAGCUGAGGAGUCGCCAGCGCCCAUGGGCAGAUCCACAGAGCUGCCUUUGGAAGAGGAACGUGGCCCUGCAGGCGAAGCAGAUGUGGAGCACCAGGCAAAAGCCCUCCUGGACGCACCACCCUCUCCGCCCGUCCUCCAGAAAGCAGCAGGGGCAGACACGGUGCUGGGAUGGGAAAGGGCAGAGGCACCCGUUGCUUUGCCUCCAGCCACCCCA